GAGGAGGAUGAAGAUGAAGGGAGUUUUCGCCCAGUAUCUGAGUCAAAGGAAAACAGAGCAGCCCGACACUGAGAACUUACAGCAGCCUCAAGGAAGUUGGGAUACAGAGUCAGGGCAGAAUCAGGAGCUUCAGGAAGCAGAACGAGCUUAAUAUUCCAGCUAGGCUGCAAGGACUAUGCCAUGCAACUGAGGAGACCCAAUCGGUUGACUCAGAGGAGAGCCAACAGGUGAGAGCAUUUGGGAAAGUGGCAUAAGUAUCAGGAGGCUGGAUCUUGUGCUUCACCCUUGUUUGAACUGACUACUGUGCAUGGCUCCGGAUAGCCUUUUGACUAUGAGAUGGUGAGUGGCUGUUUUAACAAUAAUUCAGAGGAGAGGAAUUUGACAGGCAAUGUGGUGAAUCCAUGGGGCAGUGGGAGAAACUGUUGCCCUGCGUCCUGCAUCGCUUGCUGUGGUGCUUUCUCCAUCACAUGGGGGAAAGUGUUGCUGCCAGACUCUUCCUGUACAGAACAGGAGUGGCCUUGUGUCAUAUGAUGGGCUCCAGCAGGCUGCAUUCUGGAAAUGUCCUGGGAUGCUUCCCGAAGAUAAUGUGAUAAAGUCCUUACUUGGAAUCAAGUUCUAGUGAAUUCUGUAGGACUGAAAUCUGAGUAGGCCUGGUUAGGCCCACACUGUGAUAUAAUAGAAAAAAGAAUAGCUGGAUGGAUAAACACAAGAGCAUGUUAAUAAAAUGCAGUUUUAAUAAAAUGCAAAAUCUGAACUGUAGCUUCACAAUAUUUUGUGUCCACCAACCAGGGAAGAAGAGAAAGUCUUCUUGAUCCAAGUGGUUGCUUGCAGUUGUUAAGCAAAAUGCGAACAUUUCAUAAUACAGUAGGGCAAAAAUUACCUGUAGUGAGAUCUGAUAACUGAUACUUUCAGAGUGUGAUUUAAUGUUAACAAUAAUCCUGUAAAAAGGCCCAUCUGGAAUAGUAGUUAAUCAUUAAUAUGUAUUAUUAUUUCUUGGAAAUGACAAGAAUACUUGCAGCUUUCAGACUGGAGAGAUCAGCUCAUAGAGGUAACUGGUUGCAAAUAACACAAUAUAGCACCCGUAUCCAUGUCUGUGGGCCUCAUUAGGUUGCCCAAUGCAGUGAAAAUAUAGGGUGAAAUAUCUACAGAUAUCCACAGGAGGUCUUGGAAGGUAUCCCCCAUGGACACAGAAGUUGUACAGGAAUCACUUCUUGUUCACCACUAAAAAGGUAUAAUAAGAUCACAAUACAACAAGAAUGUGUAAUUUUACUAAAUGGUAGAGGAGGAAACAGAAUAAAGUGACAAUAUCUUCUUUGUACCAAGAUCACUCUUAUUGCAUAGUUAACCAAUUAGCUGUUGGUGUCACUUUCUAAAGGCAUUGAUUCACAGGGAAGAUAUGUGCACAGGGAGCACUGGGUUAUUUUUCUGUGGUUGGAGGCAGAAAAAACUGUUUUUUCCUAUGGGAAGAAGUUUAGGUACACUUGGUAGAACCUUAUGUUCCAACAAGCUACUGCAGGAUCAAGAUACUUAAUUUUUAAAUGCAAAUAGUAAGGGCUUUUUUUUUUUUUUUACAAAUGGGAAACUAAAAACAUCAUUAUAAUGCAACUAUAACAGCAGGCAAUUAUUUGGAUCUUGGAACAACUUGUUCCAUUAAUUAAAUUUGAAAGAUUCAAGUUGUAAAGUAGAAAGAGGAACACCCAGUCACAAAAGAGCCCUCUCUCCCCUCCCUUUUCAACAUACUAAAAACAGAAAAUCCUUUUCCAAAUGUCUAAGUCCUAGUUAGACAUUCACCAUGACGUUUCUUUGUGGUUGUGUUAUAUUGAUCUGUGACAUUUGGACUUUGUCCUCAUUUGUUUGAACGCAAAUAGAAUGUUAAGAAAGCCAGGCAAGCCGAGUCAGAAAGAUACCAGUCAGUCCCAACUUGACAAGAUUAGCUGAGUCUGAUAAUGUUGUUCCACUGCUUUGCUGUCUUUUGGGAGACUUUAUCACUGAAGGCUGUUCUUGUUUUCCUUGCUACAUUUCUUAUUGUUGCUGACUAUGUAAGACGGAUACAUUCAAGGGGCUUCCCACCAGGGCCCAUGCCUCUUCCUUUUGUGGGUAAUCUACUUCAUCUUGAUGCUGAGAAGCCUCAUUUCUCUACACAAAAGCUUGCAGACAUAUAUGGCAAUGUCUUCAGCUUGCAGUUAGGAAACCGUCACUUUGUAUUUGUAAAUGGACUAGAAAUUGUGAAGGAAGUUCUUAUCCAUCAUGGUGAAAACUUUCUAGAUCGACCAAAAUUCCCUAUUAUAUCUGACCAUGCUAAGACUUUAGGGUUGGUCAUGUCUAAUGGACUUCCCUGGAAACAACAAAGACGAUUUGCCUUGUCAACACUAAGAAACUUUGGUUUGGGCAAAAGGAGUUUAGAAGAACGAAUACAGGAAGAGAGCAGGUUCCUUGCAGGUGCUAUUGAAAACGAGAAAGGACAGCCAUUUGACCCCCACUAUCAAAUUAACAAUGCUGUUUCAAAUGUAAUUUGUUCCAUCACUUUUGGAAACCGCUUUGAUUACCAUGACAGCCAGUUCCAGAAAUUGUUGCAUUUGCUUAAUGAAACAGGAAUCAUCCAGCGAAGUAUUUGGGCCCAGCUGUACAAUAUUUUUCCAGCUCUCAUGAAGCAAUUGCCAGGACCCCAUCAAACUAUUUUCAAAAACUGGGAACAAUUGAAAUACUUUGUGAGAACAAUAAUCAAAAAGCACCAAGAAAACAGGAAUCCACUUGAAACAAGAGAUUUCAUCGAUGCUUACUUAAAUGAAAUGACCAAGGAGAAUGUUUCUUCCAGUUUCCAUAUGGAAAAUCUCCUGCAGUCAGCACUAGAUUUGUUUAUUGCUGGAACAGAAACAACUUCUACAACCUUGCGCUGGGCUUUGCUGUACAUGGCUAUUUAUCCAGAAAUUCAGGAAAGAGUUCAGUCAGAAAUAGACUCUGUGAUUGGCCAGUCUCGCCCCCCAGCUAUGACUGACAGGGACAAUCUGCCUUACACGAAUGCAGUUAUUCAUGAAAUUCAAAGAAUAAGUAACAUCCUGCCUUUAAAUGUUCCUCGACUGACAACUAAUAAUACAGAGAUAGCUGGGUUUCAUCUGCCCAAGGGAACUAUUUUAAUCUGCAAUCUGACAUCAGUGUUGUUUGACAAAGAUGAAUGGGACACCCCAAAAAAAUUUAAUCCCAAUCAUUUCUUGAGUAAUGGUCAAUUCAGGAUUAGGGAAGCCUUCGUACCAUUCUCUGCAGGAAAGAGAGCCUGUCUUGGAGAACGGUUGGCUAGGAUGGAACUUUUCCUUUUCUUCACUGCUUUGAUUCAGAAGUUCUCUUUCCAGGCUCCAAAAGGUGUGGAGCUAAGUCUCGACUUCAAGAUGAGCCUUACACUGAGCCCAAACCAAUACCAUAUAUGUGCCGUCUCACGUUAAAAGUAAUCCAUGUUGCUGUCAAAAUAUGUAGGGCUAGGUUAUGAUAAUAGGGCUAUUAGAUCUGUUUUUUUUUUUACUGCACUUGUACUAGCAUAGCUGUUUGUGACACUUGUGAUCAUUUCACAUUUGGCCAAAAAAAUACAACCAAAGGUUUCUGCAACCCUUUCUGAUUCUCAUAAUGCAUAAAAGGUCCACAAGAGGCUGAGUGAAGGCCAAUAAACAAGAUAUUACACCAUGUAUAUUGACUUAUUAAGGCCAAAUCAUUGCUUUAGGGGCCGGGCUGUGGCGCAGCUGUUGAGCAGCUGCCUUAAAUCAUUCUGACCAUGAGGUCAUGAGUUCGAGGCCAGCCCGUGGCGGGGUGAGCACCCAUCAAUUAAAAAAAAAUAAAAAUAAAAAAUAGCCCCUGCUCGUUGCUGACCUAGCAACCCGAAAGAUAGUUGCAUCUAUCAAGUAGGAGAUAAGGUACCACUUAUAAAGUGGGGAGGCAAGAUUAACUAAUUUACGACCUGGAAUGAGGAAGUGCCGUCAGUGUGGAUGAUGAAGCAGCUGCUCCCCCCUGUGGCCAGAAUCGAACAUCCCCUCAGAAGAAGGUUAACUUGCCUCUGCGUGUGUCUCUCAGUCUCUGUUUGAUGUGUUUAUGGGCAUUGAAUGUUUGCCCUAUGUGUGUUAUAAUGUGAUCCGCCCUGAGUCCCCUUCGGGGUGAGAAGGGCGGAAUAUAAAUACUGUAAAUAAAUAAUAAAUAAAUAGGUGUGCAUGAGCAAGGCAA